UGACUAUUCAGGUGAAGUGGAGUAUACAAACCGGUCGUUACUGUGUCGUCCUGUCGCUAUUGUGCUUUUGCUGUUUUGUUGUUCAUAGUUUUGUCUGCACAGUAAGUUUCAUAGUACAUAACUGAUGAAAUACCGCCUGACUUUUCAUUUGUGUUUUGAAUGCAUUGUUUUAUCAAACGCUUUUCGAACGGGAAGUUUAGUCCUAAUGUGAUUUACAUUUCUCAAACUUUUGCUGUGUUCUUACGCAACAAAAAGAAUCUGUUCUGAGCUGCACGUUCGCAUGUUGACUAGUGCCCUGGAUCCAUAAAUUCCUGGUAAAACGAGACCUAUUUCAUAUCAGUGAACGUUGUGUGUGAAUGUUUCCAGUCAUCUCAGAUGUGCAUGCGAGUUUCUCCAACUGAUUCCGGCAACAGCGGAAUUUUAUUCGUUGGAUUCAAUCAAGAUUAUGGUUGUUUCGCAGUUGGUAUGCAAAAUGGAUUCAGAAUUUUUAAUUGUGAUCCCUUAAAGCAAUUAGAACGUUAUGAAUUCGAUAUUCGAGAUGGUACCGGUGUCGGCUACAUGGAAAUGUUAUUUCGUACAAAUUUACUUGGUAUACUGGGUGGCGGUAAUCAUUCACGUCUACCAAGUAAUGUCGCUUGUUUAUGGGAUGGAAUAAAGCAACAAUUUGUCUUAGAAAUCACCUGUGCUACAGAUGUUCGUGGCAUUCGUUUAAGACAUGAUCGAAUAAUAAUUAUACUUGUAAAUGCUGUCAAAGUGUACACAUUUAGCCCAUCACCCCAAUUAAUUUUUGAAUCAAAUACAUGUUCAAAUCCUUCAGGAUUAUGUUAUGUCUGUCAAAGUGUUGAUAAUCCAUUGGUUGUAUUCCCUGGACGACGACCUGGUGUUGUAUCAUUAGUUCAUAUUGGAAAUACUGGUAGCAAUGUCAAUCUUAAUAACAACGCAAAUAAUUAUAAUUCUGGGAAUAUCACUAACAAUAACAGUAAUACUACUACUAAUAAUAAUAUUGGAAGUACAAAUACAAUAUCUAUCAAUACUAUUUGUCCAUCAUCAACAAAUGCUACUAAUAUGCCACCAAGACAAAUAAUUGCACAUGAAAAUCCACUUGCAUCAAUCACUUUAAAUCGUGAUGGUUAUUUACUGGCAACAGCAUCACAAAAAGGCACAUUAAUUCGUAUAUUUUCUACAAAAGAUUGUACUUUGUUACAUGAAUUACGACGUGGCACUAGUCAAGCUACAAUUACAUCAUUGUCAUUCAAUAAAGACAGUGAUUUAUUAUGUGUUACCAGUGAACGUGGUACUGCGCAUAUAUUUUGUCUUACAAAAGAUUCUUUAACUAAUCCUCGUAAUAUUCAAAUCGGUAGUAGUAGUAAUAGUAUUAGUAGUAGUGGUAAUAAUAGUAAUACUAGUAGUAAUCAUAGUCCUCAUUUGACAAAAUCUUCAGGAUUUGGUUCCGGUAAACUCUCUCUACGUUCUCUAUUUUCUACUACAAGCCAUGUACGAUGUGUUUUGGAAACGAAAUUCAAAGCUAUAUGUGCUUUCAGUUCUGUCAGUCCAGAUACUUUAAUAGUUUUAUCCGCAGAUGGAUCUUACUACAAGUACACAUUCACAGCAAAUGGUACAGUAACACGUGUAACAUUUGUAAACUUUCUAGAUUUCUAUGAUGAUGAAACAGAUUUUUAAUUUUGUUAAUCUAUCUAUUUUCUUGAUAAUUUAAAUAAUAAAUAAUUGUGUUUUUUUGAUAGCUUAUACUAUCGGUUCUCUUUCAGUUCAUGUUUUUACAUAGAUUUAAGAAAUACAAUUCUUCUGUUGUUACUGCUGAUUAUUGAUAUUAUUAUCUUUACACCCCUCUCCCUCUAUAUAUAUAUAUAUAUGUUUGGGUGUGUGUGUGCGUUUGUAUUUGUGUAUGUGGUUAUUUAUCCAGUUGUUUUUUUUUUACUUUUCAUUCUACGUUGAUGAUAAUUCAAUGAUUUGUUCGUUUAUUUGUUUUCUCCAAUCCUAUUUUGUAAUAUUGUGUAGUUUGUGGGGGGGGGUGUCUUUCCGCGCUUUCUUCAUUAUGAUAUAGCAUAAAUUUGUAAACUCUGUUUUAUACAAUGAGAAUAUAUGAAAAAGGGUACGAAUGUGUUUUAUUAUGAAUGAAAGUAGUAGAGAUGUAAACCAGUAAUUAUUGAUUAUCUUGUUUUUCUAAAAUUAUCAAGUGUUUUAAGUAAUACUAAGCUUUUCUUUAGUGGUUAGAAAAUAAGUAUUAAUGACCACGUACUUCUCUGUGUAAUGUUGUUCAAUAGUAAGGACUGGUUGAAAGAGAGCCAGGAGUGGUCAAACUGAGAUGAGAUCAAGUCAUUUGAUUAUUAGUUUGAAACUGUAGCAGACUUUGUGAUCGAGGUCUACUUGAUGGUCAUAAUCAAUGGUUUAAAAACUGUGGGUCAUGUUAGGACACAUAUGCAUCGAAUCUCCGUCUUUUAUCAAAAUCUCUAAAACUGGAUAAAAUUAGUAACUAUAUCAGAUGUAACAGAAGAGAUUCAGAUGAUUUGUGUCAACAUAAAUUGACAGCAUAAAAAAGUUUUGGUAGUAAGCUUAAUUAAAACAAUGUUUACACCUUUAAUAUCUCUAUAAUUUCAUUUGUGAAUUAUGAUAUAAUCAUUGGCGUAAGCAAUUUUUCAGGCAACAUGAAAAGACAAAACAUUUUUUAAAAAUGUAUCACACAUUUACAAUAAUGAUGUUGUAUUCUAUGUGAUACUUAUCAACUUUUUGUACCUAUAUUCGUAGUGUUGUUCUCAUUGAGGUCCGAACACAGCAAUUAUUAUUGUAACACUAGAAUAUCGAUCGAUUUUCUCAAAGUAAACUGGUAGGUCCUGGGUUCGAAUCUCGUGAGGCUUGAUCGUGGAUGCGCACUGCUGAGGAGUCCCACAAUAGGACGAAACAGCCAUCCAGUGCUUCCAGAUUUUCUACGGUGGUCUAGCUUCAAUUGACUCAUAAUUUCACGUAUAUAUAAACUGGUAAAUGUUUAUGAAUUUGAAGAUGACUUUGUAAUAGGUCAAUCGUUGCAGUUAGAUCAUAUUUCCUCUGAAGCCGAGAUGGAAGUAAGAAAUACAGGCGUUGGUAGAUUAUUACAAAUAAGCAAAUUAUUCACCCAAUGAUAGUCUUUAUCCACUUAUCCUAAUAUGAAUCACAAAAUUAAUAUGUAUAUACCUAUGAUGUAUUUGUAUAUAUUCGUUCGAUCAUUGGCAUUAAAACGUGUUGCACGUUCUUGAUUUCCUCAUUCUUGCUUGAUUGGUUUGGUCAAGUGUAAGGAAGCGAGUGUAAUUUCGACUGAAUUAUAGUGGCCGAUGGUAACAAUUUGUCAAAUAGUGCACACUAUAUGAUUUGCUCUAGUGGAAGAUUUAAACUACCAUAUACAUGGUGACAAAAUUAAAGAUUCUUCUAUUUUAAACCAAAAGUUUGUUAACUACCUUAAUGUUGGACAUUAGCAUAACAAAUAAAAAAUAAAUUUUAUCCAUUUCCCCUAUUAGAUGUUAUAAUUUAUUCCUAUUAAGAGUAUCACUUUUGAAAAAGUUGAAUUUGCUUGUGAUGCUUGUUCACGCAUCAAACUAACGACACGCUUUGAUUUCUUCAUUAAAUUUGUUGAGAUAAAAGUCGAUCAAUGAAAUACUCUUAAUGUGAUUCAAUUCUUCCUUUGUAUAUUUUUCACUUAAAAACUGAUCAUUUUCUCGAGUUUAAGCAUUCAGUUACCUUGAUUUUUCUUUAUUUUGCCAAUAUAAAAUCGAAAAGUAUAUUCGUUGUAUCUUGUUGUUGGUUUUUCCGUAAAUGGUUCUUUGAAUUUUUCUACUUUGAUUAUACCCCGUUGUUUAAUUUUAUAAUGAUUGCACGUUAAUGAUUAUAUAUUCCAGUUAACUUCACAUACAUUUUGUCGACA